GUUAUAAACAGAACAAAUGCAUAACAUGGGUUCAUUCACACAAUCUGGCAACUGUAUUAUCAACUCAUUUUGAACACACAUAGAAAGACACAGCGCACCCUUCAGGACAGGAUGAGUCAAUGCGGAAGUCAAAUCUCUAUAUCAUGUGUUAUUAACCCUAGUGCACUUCCCUGAAUCCGGAUGUGUUAAUAAUCAGAUGAUAACUAACAGUCCCGUAUCCAGUCCGGGAUCUGUCCCAAAUCACUUCCUGAGAGCUCUUUAAGUCACCAUGAAGCCACGUCACCAUACAUUAGUGCACUAUGUAGGGAACAGGGUGUGAUUUAGGAUCGAGACCUUAACGUCUUUCUUCCUGCUCUGUAAAACACGACGUGGAGUUUAAUCUGUAGGAGACACAAUGAGUUACAGUAACAUGAGGAAGCUGAUGGUGUGUGUGCUGUGUGUGUUAGUGAGGGGUGCAGUAACGGAGGACGCGAACGGAAGAAGGGAGCAGGAGUGUUAUAACUACGCAGGAGGACACGUUUAUCCUGGAGAGGCGUUUAGGGUCCCGGUGUCUGAUCACUCACUGCACCUGAGCAAGGCCAAGAUCUCUAAACCAGCUCCGAGUUGGGAGGGAACUGCUGUCAUCAACGGGGAGUUUAAAGAACUCAAACUCUCUGACUACAGAGGCAAAUAUCUGGUGUUCUUCUUCUACCCUCUUGACUUCACAUUUGUCUGUCCCACUGAGAUCAUUGCCUUCAGUGACCGGGUCCAUGAGUUUCAUGCCAUUAACGCUGAUGUUGUGGCCUGUUCAGUCGACUCGCAGUUCACACACCUGGCCUGGAUUAACACACCUAGGAAACAGGGAGGACUCGGACCCAUGAAGAUCCCCUUGUUAUCUGAUCUAACACAUCAGAUCGCCAAAGACUAUGGAGUCUAUCUGGAGGACCAGGGACACACACUCAGAGGUUUGUUCAUCAUUGAUGAUAAAGGUACUCUGCGUCAGAUCACCAUGAACGAUCUGCCAGUGGGACGCUCAGUAGAUGAAACACUCCGUCUGGUGCAGGCCUUCCAGUACACUGAUAAACAUGGAGAAGUUUGUCCAGCUGGCUGGAAACCUGGCAGUGAUACGAUUAUUCCUGAUCCCUCGGGCAAGCUGAAGUACUUUGACAAACUGAGUUAACUCGCUGUGUGUGAGAGAGAAAUGAGUGGAUCUGCUGUUCAGCCUUAGUUCUGUGAGGCAGUGAGGCAGAAACACGGUCAUGUUAAACACACACACUUCAUAAAUGACUGACACAAAGACACAAGUGAUAUUGUCUGAUAAAUGAUUAAAUAAAUCACUUGUUCAUUUUGGAAUAA